ACCUCUUCCCAACCAUCUCUCUCCUGAACCCACAGAAAAACCAAGAUGCCUUCUCAGGUAACCCAAGUAAGCAUAAUAGUCCUCAGCGACAGCUGCUGUUCUCGAGGCAGCUUCGUCAUUCAGUACUGCCAAAACACCUGGGCUGACCUCCGCGGCUACGGCCCCUGCGCCUGGGACACCUGUCGGAAACAGGCGGUGAUAGACAAGAGGGCGCACAUGCUCGUCUUCGAGGACGAGGUACCAUUCUUCAUCGACGACGAGACGUACUUUAAUUCGCGCAACGUGAAUCCGCCGGAUGGGUAUAUCUUGCUUUAUGAUGCGACGAGUCGGGAGUCGUUUGAGUUUAUCGAGAGGGCGGUUGGUGUGAUUGUUGAGGGGAUUCGAAAGGGGCCGCCGAUUGCGGAGGAGAGGAACUUGGGGGGAAAGGGGGGCAUUGCUAAGGAUGGAAAGACGAAGACGCGCGUCAAGGGAGGGCCCGACUCCGUGGUAGUGCGAAUGGGUUCGAAGGAGGAUAAAGUUCAGCAUGCUGACAGUAAUGGUGUUUCGAAAUCAUCACUAUUCCCAUGGACUCGCAAAGACCGAUCCGGGAAACGAGGAGGAACGCCUGCAAGCACAUUUACCUGCUUCCCCCAACUCCCCACUGAACUCCAACUCGCCGUCCUCCGCGCGUGCCUCACCUCUAAAAGCCCCGUGAUUGAGGAUGCUCCGCACCUGGUAGGAAUAAACAUCGCCAUCCUCCGCGUGAACAAAUUCUUCCAUUUUGAAGGGACAAGGAUAUACCAAACUCAGAACCACUUUCUGCCCCGUAGACCCAUCUAUCUCGUGGCCGAUAUUACCUGGGUAGGGAUUGAGGGACGGGCGAGGGUCAUCUCGGUGGAUGAGGGGAGGAAGCUUGCGGAUCGGCAUGGCUGUGUACAUUUCGAGUCGUCGUCGAGGAAGUUGGAGCCUGUGCAGGAGGUUGUGGAUGGACUUGUUCGGGAUGUUGUGGCUAGGAGAGUGGAACAGGGGCUUGAGGAUGCCUUGUCGGGUUCUACUCCUCGUGGGAAGUCGUUGAGGAAAUCUGUGGCGCAGAAAGUGUCGAGGCUGUUUGAUUAGAGGGCAAGGCCAUUGCCACUGUGCUCAGUUUCUGUCCCUUUAUGCUUUAAGGAGGCCGGUUACCUUGGAUAUAUAUCCAUCUGCAACUGUUGGCAUCCCUCAUCGCUCGUCCAUAAAUCUGGAUGAAUAGAAGCUACUCUACGUCGGUAUUGGUCUUGCCUGAAUCUUCGGGCCUACCGCUCUUCUCUUCUCCUGGAAUGUCACU